AUGCCGUUGACGUGUCUUCCGAAGUGUUUCUCCAGAACAAAAAGAAUUGAAAUUAACAAUCUGCGUGAAAGGGUGUUUGAUGAAUCAUCGAGUGAUGUAGAGAAACGUGACGAGAGGUAUUUAACAGCUCUUCAUUUGGCUGCUAGACACGGGCAGGUAGAUUGUGUAGAGGAAUUGUUGAAGAAAGGUGCUAACCCAAACAGACAAUCGCCAUUUGGUACAGCGAUGCAUUUGGCUGCAGCCAAAGGACAUUUGAGGUGCCUUGAAUUACUGACCGAAUACGGGGGGUUCUUACUGUCUCGUGACAAGAGAGGCGAAACUGUUUUACAAUUGGCUGAAAGGACGAACCAAGAAGAUGUUAUUCAUUACAUUGCUAGACACUCGGCACAACAUCCACAUCAUAUUAAGGAUUCACCAAAAACAGAUAGCAUUGAUAUCUAUGGAGAAUUUUUUCCCGAUAAAAACGAGACUGUUGAAGCAAAGAAAACGCAAACACAAGAUCAGAAUAAUCAAACGAAAGAUGCGACAGAUGAUAAAUCCGACAUUCAUGAAGCCUCAACUGUUAUCAGUGUUCCUAUUCCAGAAAUCCUACCUGAAGAACUGGAACUUAACGAAAAUUGUAAAUAUGCUAUCGGUCCUAAAACUGUAAGCAUCAUGGGUAAAUUAAAUGGAAGAAUCGUCACGGUCAAAAUGUAUCAGCGGUCAAUUUCCGAAGCCGAAAUGUCGGAACUUAUUAACAACGAGUACAAGACUAUAAGGUGUCUUUACCAUCCAAAUAUUGCAUUACUGAUAGCAGUAUGUAAUGGACCAAAAACUGUGGAUUCUUAUCUCGUGUUUGAACCAUUGGAGUAUCACUUCCUGCACAGACUACUAUUUGAAGAGAAAGUAAAAUUGGAGGAGGAUCCAAUAUUGAAAAUUGCCCACGACGUGUCAAAUGCAAUGCAAUAUGUGCAUAACAUGGGAGUUCUUCAUUGUUAUCUUGGAUCCCAUAGUGUCAUGGUCACACGCGAUUACACAGCAAAGAUCUGUAACUUUGAAUAUUCAUUGCGCGAAGAUAGAGGUCCAGUCUCGCUCAGUCACUGUACUCUUUUGCACAACUGGAUGGCACCUGAACAGGUUCUCGGCUUUCCUGUUGACAGAUGUGGAGAUGUAUUUAGUUUUGGUGUUUUGAUAUGGGAAUGUCUUGUAUUAAAACGAUCUCGGCAAAUGUUUAGCUUACAACAGCUGGGUGUAAUUGGAAAAAGCGUGCAUUACAACGCCAUCUCAAAGUUAGAAGGAAAGAAAAAUGUUAAAUUGUUGAUCAGUGACUGCACAAAGAUAGCCAAAGGAAGACCAACGUUUCAUCAAAUUUUUGCUUGGCUUGAUGGCAUCCUGCAUUAUCGUUUGGUGAACGUAGCCCCAGUAACCAUGGACGAAGAAUUACAAGCUUCUGCGUUAUUUAAUCGUUAA